UAGACAGUCGUUACUAUAUUUACACCGUGAGAGUCCAUUGUGUUCAUGUUAUUAUCGUAUUUUGACAGCAACCGGGAAAUUCAGAGGAGUAGACAGUAACGGGAAAUGAUGUUUUACUCUUAAUAUUGUCGUGUGUUUUAACUUAUUCCGGCAAACUGGCUUGUAUUUACAGUUAUUGUCGAACGAUGUUGGCCAUCACCGGGCUCGACUGCCCUGCUGCCUCAGCUGCAACUGCGCGUAACAAUGUUGAGACUUUGAGAGGAGACGAUCGUGAAGUACCAAGGAAUAUGGCGACUCUCGUCACCAACAUAGAAAGCGUUAACACCGAGUCAUCUUCAUCGGACGUGGAUAUUAUUCAAAUUGAAGAAAUCGAAUCCAGUCCGCGAUCAAUCCUUCCGUAUUCCAAUGGGAUUAUAAAGAACGAGACGGGCGCAAGUUCAAACAGUGUUAAUCGACCAUGUUCAUCUCCAGUUACAAAUGUAUCCAAACCCUUUACAGGCCCAAGAUUUCGCCUAAUACAUGAAGGCGAUAUCCAGAUAUGUCGACUUAACCACACAAGGACGAUUGUAAGCAAAAUUAUGAAUUCACGUUAUUUACGGAGAUGGGAAAGUCAUCGUAUUGUGCUUGGGAAAACGGAAAUCCAUUCAACAAUGCCAGUCGGUAUGAUGGAGACCGGUAUCCCGUAUUCCAGUAUUGAAGAUGCACACAUUAUAUCACGAUGGGACGCUGGCCAAAAAUUCUGUAUACGCAUCACUAUCCAGGAUGGCUCACUGUUAUUACAGGCACACAAUUCCCAUCUGCGAGAUCAAUGGCUGCACUCGAUAAGCUGGAAGAAACACAUGUACAAAUGCGAAAACGUUUUGAAGAAUGCUCGACGCCCAGAAGUCCUCGUAAAGGAAAUUAAGAACAUGAUUGAUCUAUCAUUGACUACUCCAAUACAAGAUGCCAGUGUAUUCCAGUUUCCUCUAGACUUGGUGUCAAACCUUCUUCAAGAGAAUGCAGAUUUCAUCACCCGGGUAGCACACGAGAACAUCAUUGUUGCCUUGACGCCGCUUCUGGAAAACAAUUACCCAACACAGGAAAUUUGUGGUUUCUUCAGCAAGCACUGUAAAAACAGUCCACGCUCCAGUAUUGUCAUAGAACUCUUCACUCCCGUCGUCAUGAGGAUCAUGAAACACAACACAGACUUUGGAAAGUAUCCACGAAUGAGAGGAUUUGUACAAGAGUACAUCCAAGCCUUAAAUUGUCAGAACGAUGGUUACAAUGUUGUACAGAACUUUGUCAGAAGCAUGCAUGGUCCGUCAAGUACCUGUCCACACCCUCGAGUCCUGCCCAACAUGGUGGCGGUGUGUCUAGCUGCAAUCUACACCUGUUAUGAGGAUAAGAAAAAUGCUUUACAAAGCAACACAGAUGUCUUCCUGGACAAACAGGAAUGGGAGACGAAACUUCUUUGUUAUAUCGGUAUCAUGGAAACACUGUCGUCGUACUCCGACUGGAGAUUGGUCCUGGGAAGUCUACUGCAGCCAAUUCCAUUUCCUAAUGAUGCCCUAGCAGAUGAGUUUUUCGCUUCCAAGAUGAAGUCGGUGCUGAAGAAUAUAGCUGAAGAUGAUCACUGUGAAGUCCACCAGACCAUACUGGGAAUCCGCGACGGCAAGGAGGGAUGGUUCCACAUGUAUACACCGGGCAGUCUAGCUUGUGAUGAUGAGGGGGAGCUCUGGGGUGUCAUGCUGAAUUCCUUGAUACAUUGUUGCUGUAAGAGAAAGAAGUUUUUGAAUGGCCUUAACAAGAUGGUGGGUCCUAUCAUGCUGCUGGCCCUGCGAGAGAACGAACCAUCUAUGGAGGUGCUGUGUGCCAUGCUGGAGUUUGAUGUCGUCGAGAGUAAUGACAUGAAAAUGCAGAUGGUUACAACUCUCCAGAGUACGAGCGUAGGGAAGCGCAUGUACGCCCAGCUGUGUGAGAGGCAGAUCGCCCUCCGGGAGCUGCAACAAAAAGGUGGCCCUAAGAAGCUCACACUGCCCUCAAAGUCGACCGAUGCUGACCUAGCCAAGAUGCUAAGUUCCGGGUCGUUUGGGAACCUUGAGUGCCUCAGUCUUGCGUUCACACAUGUUACCAGUGCGUGCGCCAAUGAUCUGAUAAAGUUACCAUCGUUACGUUACCUCAAUUUGUGGUCUACGCAGUUUGGUGAUGCUGGUCUACAAAUGAUAUCCGAGUACCUUCAGAAGCUACAAGUGUUGAAUCUGUGUGAAACUCCGGUCACCGACAAAAGCCUCAUCUGUCUUUCUGCCUUGAAAAACCUACGCAAACUGAACCUAAACAGUACAAGUUUAUCAGCGUUGACAUUCGAAGGGUUAAAGACGAAACUGCCCGCCCUACAGGAAUGUGACGUGCGCUACACAGAUGCUUGGUGACUAUAACAGUAGAAAAUCGGAACACUUUCUUUUCAUCAAUUCUUCACACCGAACUCAUGAGUGUCUAUUGACAUCUACAGAUCUACUCCUCUUCUUGGUGUCAUUGUUGAUUGCUGUUUCCAUGGUUACCAUUUGUUAUCAUCCAGGAUGUCUAGAAAUUCGGAUUUCUGGAAAUUUCCUUUCUUGAGAUGAAGAAAUCCUACAGUUUGUGUAUGGUGUUAAAUAUCUACCUGAUAAAUCCAUCUAAAGUUGUGUCCUCUGAGGGUCAUUUAAGUCUAGAUAAAAGGUCAUGUAACCUCGGGGUCAAGGUCACUGUGACCUUUCAACUUCGUCAUAAUCCAAUGGAUUUAAGAGGAUUCCAAACCACUGAAGUGCUUUCAAAUGUUGAAGAUUGAUUUACGUUCUUGGUGUCCAUAGUGAUGAUAGCUUGUGUCUAACUUCCAAAGUGAAUUUACAAUUGAUACACUAAAGAUACAAUGUGAUGAACACCCAGGUCUUUGUUGUCAGCAACUACCAAAAAAUGGAAUACUUAUAUGGUCAUUAAUUCCAAAUAUGGAAUACCUAAUGUGACCAUUCAUUCCAAGUAUGGAAUACCUUAUAUGGUCAUCUAUUCCAAAUAUGGAAUACCUAAUGUGGCCAUUCAUUCCAAGUAUGGAAUACCUUAUAUGGUCAUCUAUUCCAAAUAUGGAAUAUACCAUAUAUGGUCAUCACGUUCAAAUAUGGAUUUCCUAAUAUGGUCAUCUGUUCCAAGUAUGGAAUAUACCAACUAUUGUUUUAAUUCCAAAUUUAUAGUACUGAAGCAUGCACACAGGAAACUACGUUAGUGCCACAAUUCCUGUCAUGUUCAAACAUCAGACUUGACAUGUGUACUUCAGAUGAAGUCAAUAGGGGUCAAAUGGAAUAAAAGAGUUUGGGUCAAAUCUGUUUACAGAUUUGGACCUGUGUUGAGUGUAAAUAGUGGCAAGAGUGUCGUUGGCCGUGCACCACAAUGCAGAUGUUGUAUAUAUAGUAUGGACGGAAGUCUCUCUUACCCCCGUCUAUGAUAUUGUCCCAGACGUUUUAAUGUUUCACUCUCAAAGAGUCAAUUGAUCAUUCGUCAUGACAUCCUGUCAUCCGACACAUUUUACAUGUGUCCGUAUUCUGUCAUCUUUGUCAUUAACUAUUCAUGUGUGUUUGUAUGUCUGUCUGUCCUAAGUGAGCAUCGUCAUCAAAUCGUGUCUCACAAGCCUUUAACUAUCAUCCAACUCAUAUCUUGUAAACAUCUGUUUGAUGACGUCAUACAUGUUCUCCAUAUACCAAUCAUCAUCUAGAUUUUAUAUUCAGAAACACGAAGAGAAUGUGUAGAGUUAAUUUAUAAAUGAUUAUGUUACAUGUCAAAACUCUUAUUAUUAUAAAUCAAAUGGUGCAUAGAAUAAUGUCUUGAAGAUUAAAGGAGAAGACAAACAGAAUAUUUAUACACUGAAGAGCUUUACAAGGGGAGGUAAUUCAUGAAGAAGAGUAGUACAUCUCCAAAUUCAUCAUAGGCUUUACUUCUGAUAAUUUGAAUUGAUCAUUUUGAAUAUAAUUUAUUAUAUUUUGUACAAGCUGUUGUCCAAGACAGAGUUACUUGUCAGCUUACAGCAUCUCAAAUCUACACAUUUUUAUAAUAGAAAUGAUAUUUGAAAUAUAUAUAGUAUUAUAUACAAAACACAUCUACGCAGGAGCAUAAACAAACAUGGCUACACAAUAUCAUAAUCAUUGUCGCAACUAUACAGACUAAAAAAGUAUUUAAAAAAAAAAAAAAAACAAAUAUGGCUGCACAACAUCAAAAAUAGUGUUACAAUCACUGUAAACAAAAAUCGACACACAACUUCAUAAACCGAACAGUGCUACCUGCAUUCUGUGCUGUGCCAAUCUUCAGAAAUUAUUUCAAACAAAAUGUAACUAUCAUAUUACUUUGUAUAUGUUUGAGUUGACAGUUUACCCUAUAACUUGCACAAAGCCAUACAAUAGUGACAUGCCCCUGUUUUUAUUUUGGGCAGAGUCAUGUAGGUGGUAAACUAAUAACUAACAAGCUCAAGUUUUUAUUGCAAAAAUUUUUUCUGAUAAUUGAAGUUGUCCAUUAAGUUCAUCACAAAGUCGAUUCUAUGGUUUGAAGUAAAGGCUGACAUUUAAUACUUUUAAAGAUUGUGUUGAUGAUAUAUAUUGACAUGUCAUAUUGAUAAAAUACAUCUAUAUUUUGUGUAGUUGUUGAAAUAAUUAACUUGUGCAUGGAUGGAUGUCUUUAUUAAUGCUGAAAUUAUUUAUAUUGCUUAAUUUUUUUUUUUUUUAAGAGUUCAGUUUUUUAGCUUAAUGAAGCGAAGUACAGAGAGGCUAUAUACAGUAUUGCUAUAUACCCCCAGCGUCAUUGUUGCUUGCAUUCAUAGACAGCUAGGUUAAAGUUUUUAUGAAACAGAUUUGUGUCGGUACUAAUGAGAAUACAGCUUAAGUUUUUGACAUGCAUGUUCCUUGUGACAAGGUACUACUACAUUUGCGACCUACUGAUGUUGACGGUGACCUUUGACCUACUUUAAGAAAAACUUUGACCUUGGCCACAAUAUAUUAUACCUUAUGAGAUAGGACUUUUCAUUUUGACAUGCGUUCCUUGUGAGAAGGCCUUUCCAUUGGUACUACAUUUGAGGAUCUGCUGAUGUUGACAGUGACCUUUGACCUACUCUAAAAAAAACUUUGACCUUGGCCACAGUAUAUUUACCAUUUGAGAUAGGGCUUUUAAAUUUGAUGUGUAUUCCUUGUGACAAAGCCUUUCCAUUGGUACUACAUUUGAGGAUCUGCUGAUGUUGACAGUGACCUUUGACCUACUCUAAAAAAAACUUUGACCUUGGCCACAGUAUAUUAACCAUUUGAGAUAGGGCUUUUAAAUUUGAUGUGUAUUCCUUGUGACAAGGCCUUUCCAUUGGUAAUACAUUUGAGGAUCUGCUGAUGUUGACAGUGACCUUUGACCUACUCUAAAAAAACUUUGACAUUGGCCACAGUAUAUUAACCGUAUGAGAGAGGGCUUUUAAAUUUGACGGGUAUUCCUUGUGACCCUGCUGACCUCGACCACGACUAUUGACCUACUUGAAAAAAAAAUAAUCUGAAUUUCAACCCACUCAGACUGUUAUAUUGUCUUCUCACAAAUCUUGUUUCUUUAUUUUUUAAUUUCUUCCAGUUAUCAUUUUGCUGCUUAUUACCUAUUUUUUUGCAAUAAUUACAUAAAGUGUUUAUUCACGCUUGUAGUCUAAUAAUUGACUUUAAAAUAAGGGUACAUGUAUACUGCCAUUUCGGCUGAAAUUGAUAGUCGAACCUUGUUUUGUGAUGUCAUUGCGGUCAUGAAAACACUUCUAGGUAUCCCGAGUAUUCGAGGUGACCGAGUAUAUAUCUUAUAUAGAACGUUUACUGUUGGAACUGAAUUUUUACUUCAAGAUACGCAGAGUCUAAUAGUUAUCAGAGUGAGAUAAUGAAGAUAAUGUGCUUCAAUUGAAAAAAAAUGUACUUUUUUGCUGUGUUCAAUAAAAACUUUACAUACAUUGCCAGUCGCCACUAUAUUUCUAGUGAAUGUUUUGUGUGUUAUAAAUGAGUUUGAGGAAAGUGUCAAGUAAUUUUUUUUGAAAAAAGGAACUAUGAAAUAUUUUGGCCGACAAUGAAGUAAAAUUGGAAUAUAUAUAUAUAUAUAUAUAUAUAUAAGGUCCCUGUAUUACUAUUUACAAAAACUGCCGGAUUCAUGAAAACGCAAUAUUUUAAUAAAAGUCCUUGGUAAUUGAUCAUGAGGUGAAGCUCAGCUAUGUUAUUUGUUGAAAUUAUAUAAACUAUUUCCUGAAUAAUAUGAUUAUUUUAGAUAAAUACUGUUUAUGUUUAGUGCUGAGGUUUAUCUGCUGUUUUAUUUGCUACUUUCAUCUUUAAUCCAAUGUUGUUGUAUUUUUUUCUGUGAUAUGAUUUUGCAAUAGCUUUAUAUAUAGUCUUAUUAUACGUGUACAUUGCAUUUUAUUUGUGACACUAAGGAAAGCCGAAUAUUUUCCUAUUAAAAGAGGGUGGGAGGGGGGCAACGAAGAUUUUUACACAAUGUACACAAUAAUUGGUCCUGUUAUGGGUUAUUAUUUGCUUAUUACACAUAAAUAUUUUUUGUGUAUCUGAUUGAAUCCUUAUAUGGUUUACAAUAGUGUGAAUGUGUUUGGAGCAGAAAGGUGUUGACCCUUUCACCCCUACUGACUAUAUUGAACUUCAAAUAAUGAAUGAAUGGCAGAGUCCACUAAAAUUUCUAAGGGUUGAAAGGGUUAAUAUCUUUUUAUUGAUAUUUCCUGUGCCUCAUUUCAAAGUGGUUCUUUCCAGAAAUGUAUUUCGUUUUGCUGUUUACAUGUGUAAAUAGGAUACAAAAUGUUGUUUUAGUUGAUGAUGGGAAUAAAUUGUUAUAUUUCAGUAUAAAUUAUAACUUUUCAGUAUAAAUUGCAACACUUCAGUAUAAAUUGUCCUCCAGCAUUUCAUCAUAAUUUAUAUUUAUUAUUUAACAUUUCAGUAUAAUUGAAUCAUUUUAGUUUGAUUUGAAACAUUUCAGUAAGAAUUGAAACUUUUUAGUGCAAUUUGGAACUUUUCAGUAUAAUUUGCUUCAGUUCAGUAUGAUUUGAAACGUUUCAAUAUGAGUUGAAACUUUUCAGUAUAAUUUGUAUCAUUUCAGUUUAAAUAGUACUCUGACUUGCAUUUCAGUAAAAAUUACACUUAUAUAAUGUUAAAAUAUCCAAUAAGAAAUUACACAGUAGCUUUUCAUUAAAAAUUACACUAACGUUAAAUUUCAGUAUAAUUUCUAUUUAAGAUUUAUAAUUUUAACAUUGCAGUUUUGAUCAUAUUCCAUAUAAUUGCAGAGUAACUUGUAACAUUGCAGUAUAAAUCAACAAAACAAAGUUCAGUAAAAUUAAUACCUUAUCUUUCGGUAGUCAACUGUAAUACAAUAUCAUAAUAGGUACAAAUCUUCCUGAGACAUCCAUUCAGAUUUUCUACAUUAGAUAAGUCAGUUUCUGGGAGAAGAGUUGUAAUUCAUUAUAUAUUAUUUAAGGAAGGCUUGCUGUAUCUAAUACUGCUAUUAUAUUUGUUAUUGAAGGCAUCGGCGAACUUCCACUAUACUUUUUAAACUCAUUGUAAACCAAGGAUCUAAAUAAAUUUUUUAAAAACCA